CUGUGGAUGAUUCCCUGUUCCCAGGGUGAUGGAGAUCCCUGUUCUGCUGCCAGAAGGGCAGAUGUGGGGACCCUGAUCCCUGUCAGGGCUCGCUGGUGACCCCGGGGCUGACCUGCCGGGGCUGUGCCCAGAUUAGCAGCCACUAAGCUCCUUCCCACGGGUGCUCUGUCCUGCAGCGGGCAAGCGGCACUGCCACGGGGCGCGGGGACCCUGCUGUCCCUGCCGGCUGCUGUCACCGAGGGGCCUGGGAGACCCUGAUGCCCAUUCUCCCCUGCAGCCCCACAGGCAGCAGAGGCGUUGGUGGCUUGGGGCUGGGGUGUGGGGACAGCUGGCAAUGGCCCUGUUGGGGGGCACCCCACUUCCUGGCACCAGGGAGGCAUGGGGGUCACGGCACUUGCUGCAGUAUCCCCCCGAAGAGGAGGAGGAGGAGGGGGUGCUGUAUGUGGACUACAAGCCCCCUGCCCUGGACACCAUCCGCCUGCCCCGCUCUGUCCUUUACCUGCUGAUGGCGGCCAGCCUGGUGCUGACGGUGGCAUAUGCCAUCGUGGGCCACCUCAUCAAGGACCUGAUGCAUGACUUUGCGGACUGGGCGUUUGGGCCCAAGCCAGAGGAGGAGGAGGAGGUGAUGGCCAAGGGGAUCAUGGCGGAGGUGGAGUGGCUGGAUGAGGACGACGUGCUGGUAGAGACGAAACUGGAGAGCACGGCCAGCGGAGCCCUGCCCGGCAUGGACGUCCCGCCGGGGCUGCUCACUGCUGCCCCCGGCACCUCCAUCUCCUUCGCCGACCCACCCAAGAAGAGGUUCUUCUAAGCCUGGGGGGAUCUCCCUGCCUCCCCCCAGCCACGUCUGGCCCUUGGGUUGCAGCACAGCCCCCGGCCCCAGGUGUGUGUGUGGCUGCUGCCUGGUGCUGGCAAGUGGAUUCACCCCCCUGGGUACAGUCCCCUGCACUGGUCUCAGGGCUGU